AUGGCCGCAAACGCAAAGUUCCAGCCUGUGCCCCAGCGCGACUCGCUCGACGAUGAGCAGCCCUUCUCCCAGGCCCCGCCCGCCUACGACGCCGAGGCUUCGACCAACGCUGCCCUUAUGAGUGGCGUUGCGCGCGGCGAAGACGACAACCUGCCCGAUGACUUCAAGUUCGGUGGCGUCGUCGCCGAGGCCACUCUCGACAUUCGCAUGGCCUUCGUGCGCAAAGUCUACGCUAUUCUUACCGUCCAGCUCCUCGCCACUGCCAUCAUCUCCUCCAUCUCCUUCUUCAGUUCUGGCUUCCGCACCUGGAUCCAGACCAACUCGUGGAUGAUGUGGGUGUCGCUCUUCGGCGCUAUCGGCUUUAUGUUGGCCACCUACUGGAAGCGCAAGAGUUAUCCCACCAACUUGCUCUUCCUUGGUGGCUUUACUGCCCUCGAGGCCUAUUCCAUCGCCGUCGUCACCAGUUUCUAUGAGUCGAGCAUCGUCCUGGAAGCCACCAUUUUCACUCUGGCCAUUUUUGUCGCACUUACCGUGUUCGCGUGUCAAAGCAAGUACGACUUCACCAGCUGGAUGCCGUACCUGUUUGGUGGCUUGUGGGUGCUCAUCAUCUUUGGCUUCAUGGCGGCUUUCUUCCCCUACGACAGCAAAGUCGAUCUUGGUUAUGGCAUUGUUGCCGCACUGAUCUUCAGCGGUUACAUUCUGGUAGACACGCAGCUUAUCAUGCGCCACUACCACGUCGAGGAGGAAAUUGCCGCUGCCAUUUCGCUCUACCUGGACAUCAUUAACCUGUUCCUCGCCAUCCUGAGGAUUCUCAACAGCCAGCAGAACAACUAA